ACGGUGUUACAUUGGAGGGAAGUGUGAACUGUACAUUAUACCAGUACAUUCUACAGUCAUCAGUUUAUGCGAUCCAAUGCUCAAAGACCUUCGCUUUAUGGACCCAAGGAUUAUAGCUGAAUGCAUGUGACGUUGCAAACCAACUUUCCUCCAACUACAGUUGUAACUGUGCGCUCCAGAAUUAACCAAAGUUUCGUCAGUUGAUUUGUAUUCAUGUUAAGCGUAUCUAAUGAUACAUUAUGGAGAACUACACUUUUAAGUGUAUGUGAAAUGGUUAUUCUUCAAUGGCGUCAUCGAUAGUGAACUCCAUUCUUCUUGUGCUUGUGGUCGUUGUGCGCAUGUCAUGGUGUAAUGCGCAGGACAGCAACUCUGCUUUGCAACUCCUGGACUUCAGCGUUACCAAAGCGGAACCACCAAAAUACAAAGUCGGAAAACCAACCACCAUCACAUUCAGGGCAAACAUUCAGAACACUGGACCCACAGCAUUAAGCCCCUCACGUUCAGUUUGUGUAAUCUUCUUUGACAUCUCAACGGGGACAGAAAAUAGUAGAAACGUUGGCCAGGUUAAUAUUAGUUAUCCAGUAGGACUCGCACCCGGCCAGGUACAUCAUUUGACACGCGAGACUGUGGACAUAACGCUCACACACGAAGCGUGCCCUGGCGGGAAUACGUCCGGACCGAGGCAACUUUGUGCCGGAGUUAAGUCAGACGGGGCUACGACGGGCACACCUUACUGUCUUGAUUUUGAGGAGAUUGACGAAGGGGGAGCUGGGGAGAUUGACUGUGGUGAAGUUCCCAUCCCGCCGUAUGUAAUAGGACUCCCGGUCGGUCUUGUGUUGCUACUGGUGGCAAUGGUGGUCUUCUUUUUGGUGUGGAAGAAAUGCUGCCGUACAACGACCAAUGUUGAGUCGUCACGGAUGGCUGAUACGCGUGCGAGAUUAAUGAGUCUCCCACAUAUUUACGUUGACCCUUCUACACUCACCGAUGAACCAGCAUACGAUUCUACAAUAACUAAAGAAAACGGCUCGCAAAACACAGGAUAUCAAGUUGAGAACGAGGCUGAAAAUCCAUAUUCCACCAAUUUGCCCGUGCUUGAGCCUGGUAACAAAACACCACAACUGUCAGACCUAAUGCGGAAACGACCCAGUCAGCCUAACGUGUAUACCAUUGAAGAAGGGACCUUUUGUGCCGAUCCGACAAUAAUGGAAGAACCAUUGGACGCCGAGAACUCAUUCCAAAUAGAGGGCGCUACCGUGGAUGACUCAGCUACUGACCGGAAAUCUCUUGCUAUUUCUGGUUUGGUAGACAAAUCACACGAAACAGUCGUAGAUGCCACACCACGCUCUGUAGAGAUAGCGCACAGUGCUGCACUAGAAUCUAUACCGGAUUCGGAUUCUACUCAAGGUGAUAUUUUGGAACAAUUCCCCUCACACACGUGUCUUGUUGUCGACACAAACGAUACUAUACACCAAACAGACAAUCUGGCUCGGGGCUCGGUUCCUGGCGUCAGUCAACAUUUUGAACAUGAUCAGGACCCUGAGCAAGACCGGAAUCUUAAUCCGAUUCCGGAACAGGAGACCGAUGCCUUCACCAUCAUCGUUCCUGAUGUGUCGUCAGUCAUCCAGGAAUCAUUGAAAAAGCCAACUCCAGUGCCAAAGCCAAGGAACUCAAUGACAGGAAACAACCCUGAUGUCAGUAGCGAAGACCACCAAGCUAAAACUGAGGAGCCGAUCCAAUACUCUGACAAUCCUUAUCUUCCGCCUAAACCAAGGGUGUCAGCCCGUCCCAAACCGAGUGCGAAGCCCCGAGUGCCUUCGCUUCAUAUUGAAAUAGACAAACCGAACCCUCAGCCUCCACCACGACCAGCAAGAUCCAGCAUCGGAAUAUCACCAUCGAAAGUGGACCAUGUCGUGCUGAAAGAAGCCGUUGAGGAGGCAGUCAAGGGAAUGAACAAACGGUCGGUCUCUGACAUUAAAACUCCCGUCCACCUACGAGCUGAGGACAUUGAACCAACUGCAAAAACGCUGGACCCAAGCAAUCCCGAUUUCAUCGACGCUGUCAUGCAGAACUACCUAUCACUCAUGUACGAAGUGUCCAGAGAGGAAGAGGAGUAUCAAACACAAAUGAAAAGGGAAUUGGAGAGGAUUGAAUCUAAUACACUGACUGUUGAACCCCAAAUGGAAUAUCGGCGUAAGUCUCUCUCAGCCCAGUUGACUCUGAACAUGAGUAGAAAGCCAAAUCGUGACUCUGAUGUCUACGUGAACCAGUGGAAUAAGUCGUGGGAGUUUAAGCGAAAUUUCCUGGAUGUGGAUAUGACCACGCCCCUUGGGGAGGGGCAGUUUGGAAAGGUGUACAAGGGCAAGGCAACAAUGUUUCAAGGUUGUAUAUGCGACUUGGAUGUGGCGGUAAAGGUCAUGAAAGAUGAUGUUGGUAAUGAUGCUAAGGAUGAAUUCUUGAAGGAGUUGGCCAUUCAUACAAUCCUCAAACCCAACCCUCACGUGGUGCAGCUUAUUGGCUGUUGUAUUCGAGAUGAUCCUAUUUUCAUCAUAACCGAGUACCUCUCAGGUGGAAACCUCCUGCAAUACCUCCGGGGUCGACCAUCCCAUCUGACCGGGCGAGAGUUUGUGCAGCACUACGUCGCUAAGUUUGGUCUGCAUAUCGCACGUGGGAUGGCAUAUGUAGCCAGCAUGAAAAUCGUCCACCGUGACCUCGCAGCUCGUAACAUCCUCAUCAGCGAGCACGAAGUCUGCAAAGUGGCCGACUUCGGCUUCGCUCGGGAUAUCUUCGGCUUGGCCUACUAUCCUAAAGCACCCGAUAGAGCACCGAUACGCUGGUACGCACCGGAAGCCAUCAUGGAUGACAUGUUCAGCACCAAAUCAGACGUGUGGUCAUUCGGCAUUCUCCUUUUUGAAAUAGCAACGCUGGGUAAGAGAGCCCCUUACCAUGGCAUGGACAACAACCAGGUACGGUUCAGUGUCUCUGCUGCCAGGCACCCAAAACGUCCAGUCAACUGUGACAACCUGCUCUUUCAAAUAAUGGAGAAAUGUUGGGCAAAAGAUCCAGAUGAUCGACCUACCUUCCGUGAGCUGGUCAUUAUGUUUGAAGGAAUCCAAGGCAAUUACCCAAAACCAAGUGAAACCGAUCUUAAUCCCUCCGAUCCUAAUCCCCGUCGAGAGGUCAAUACCGAAUCACGUCAAAAGGUCAACCCUUAUCCCCGUAACAUUGGCGCUAAACCUGAUCUCCCUCCAAGAUUAAAGAUUAACUCCGUUCCAGAGAUUAAGGUUAAUCAAGAAUCAGAGGUCAGCUCCGAUCCCCAGCACGAUGACGGCUCCGAUUCCCAUCACGAGGUCAACUCCGAUCGCCAAUCAGAGGUCAACUCCGAUCCCCAAUUCGAGGUCAGUUCCGAUCCACAUUCCGAGGUCAGCUCCGAUCCCCAUCACGAGGUCAACUCCGAUCCCCAAUUCGAGGUCAGUUCCGAUCCACAUUCCGAGGUCAGCUCCGAUCCCCAUCACGAGGUCAACUCCGAGACCUAUCUCGAGGUCAACUGCGAUCCCCAAUCCGAGGUCAGAUCCGAUCCCUAUCCUGAGGUCAAAGACAAUCCUUCCACGGCUAAUAAUAAUCUGCAACCAGACAUUAUUUUUGGUCUCAAACUAGAAGUCGAUACAAUUCCCAGUUCCGAGCUCACAUCUGAUCGUGAUUCCGAGCUAAAUCCCGAUUCCGAUCCCGAGGCUGAUCCUGAUUCCCUUGCAGAGAUCGUCACCGGUGACGUCAGUCCGGAUGAAAGCGAAAUAGACGAGGAGGAAUCUUUUUAAACCCGUGACGUUAAUGUCACGUGAUGCCUCAGUCAAUGCACAUAAUGGUCGGCUUAUUGCACCUAUAGUUGCCAACUAGACAGAGUUUCUGCGCUAGGAGUGUCACCUUGUGUUAAACAUGGCGCAUUAAAGGCAGUGGACACUAUUCGUAAUUACUCAAAUCAAUUAUCGGCAUAAAACCUUACUUGGUAACAAGUAAU